GCCAUCCAUCCAGACCAGAGACACUCACGAUUGCUAUGCGCUUCUCCAUCCUCUGUAUAGCACUGCCGCUAGUGGCAUCCUUUGCUCCCAAGCCGACGACUCUUCAGAGCUCCAAAUCGGUACUUUCCAGAUCGACGUCCUUGUACAGCAAUGCUCCCCGCAAAAUUGGUAUUUUCGGUGGUGGCGUUGUCGGUGGUGGGAUUGUCGAAAUCCUGGAAACAAAAAAGCCCUACUUGCUGCAAUUGACGGACAAGACGCCGCUCGAAAUUGCCAAAAUCUGCGUCCGUGAUCUCCAAAAGCCCCGAGACUUUCAAGUCCCAGAAAAUUGUAUCGUUACGGACAAGUACGAUGACAUCCUCCAGGACGAUUCCAUUGAUAUGGUGAUUGAAGUGAUGGGUGGUACAACCGACGCCAAGGACGUCGUGUUUGGUGCUCUCAAGGCCGGUAAGGACGUCGUAACGGCCAACAAAGCCUUGAUUGCCAAAUACUUGCCCGAAAUCGAGGCUUUGUUGACGAAAAUCAACAAGGACCGGGAAGUGGAUGUGGAAUUUCGGUACGAGGCAGCCGUCUGUGGUGGUAUCCCUGUGAUUCGCUCCAUGCAGAGCGAUUUUGUCGGAGAUUCCAUUACCAUGAUGAGUGGUAUCAUUAACGGAUGCACCAACUUUAUGUUGACGGCCAUGGAUAAGGGAGGGUACACGUAUGAUGAGGCCUUGUCGCAAGCGAGUGACCUCGGGUACGCCGAAGCUGAUCCAACCCUGGAUGUGGGCGGUUUCGACGCCCGCAGCAAAUUGCGCAUAUUGAUGCGUCUCGGAUUCGGUGUCGAAGUCGACGAAGAAGAAAUUGCGUGCCGUGGAAUCACGGAACUCUCCAAACUCGAUUUUGAGUACGCUAAAAUGAUGGGUGGAACCAUCAAGUUGAUCGGUGUCGCCAAAAAAGUUUCCGAUACAAAAAUUGCCGCUUUCGUGUCACCGUGCUACGUCACCGGCGAUGAUGCCUUGGCGUCCGUGAACGGGGCUACCAACGCCAUUGAAGUAAGCUCCAAGAACUUAGUUUCGAGCAUUUACAUAGGGCAGGGUGCCGGACGAUACCCGACGGCAAACUCAUGUGUCAACGAUAUUAUUGCGCUUGCCAAGGGUGACAAGACACCCUUACCUUUCAACCCUCGAGAAGAUGACAAAAUUUUCGUCAAUAAUUAUGAUUCUGUCUUUUAUAUUCGCUUGAAGUACCGCGACUCGUUGGGCAUCACCCGCAUGUGCGGAGAAAUCUGCGAAAAGCAUAACGUCUCGAUUCAUUCGAUUUUGCAGAACCCAAUCACACGCCGCGACGAUGCUGCCUUUGUUCUCGUCACGGAAAAGGUCUCUCUGCAAAGUGUCAAAAAUGUGUGUGCCGAUUUGGAAGGACUG